ACCUUCCGUCAAUGCUGAAGAUUUCUUCCAAGUCUUUGGUGGUUUUUCACUUCAAUCGUGUUAUGAAUUUCGCGUAGUAUGGACGUGGGAGGUGACGAUUCGCGACGGCCAGUAGUGAAAAAUUUUACAAAAGCGAACAUUGUUGCGUUUUACGUGAAGAAAUGCCGAAUAAACUUGUACCGGGCGCUUUUCAUUUAUCCGACCUAAGCGAAUUUCGAAUUUAAUUUAGAAGGAAAAGUCGCGGAGACAAAUUGGGAGCAUUCAAGCCGAAAGGACAUAGUUGCCAAGUGUUUUUCCAGUGAGAAAGCGGAAGAAGAACUUUUCAUCACCCACACCUUGAGCCCAGAGGAAAUUGUCAGUGCGGACGAGAAUUUCAAAAGUGAUUUUGUUAAAGAUUUAUUCGGGAAAUCUCGAGGAAAAUUAAGUGAACGUGAAAUCGAGUUACUGUAAUUGCAUUUUCCGAUUUUCCUCUCCUUUCGCGGAAGCUGUUCUGUUGUAGUUGUGCCGUUCUAGGUUGGGAACAUUUCACCGAGCAAGUUCCCAGCCGUUGAUUUUACUGAAAAUUCCGAGAUAACUUUUGCUCGCUGCGGGAAAGUGGUGCGUUCGUUGUAAAUAUUGGGAGGAAACGACCAAGCGAAAAUGUGGUGCAUAGUGAAUCUGCCCAACGGCACACAGCUCGCUGUCACCUGUGAUUCCAAGGCCUUGGGGCAGGAAUGCAUUGAGAAGGUGUGCAAAUCGCUAGGAAUGCUAUGCGAAAAUGAAUACUUUGGUCUGGAACGUUGGGACCCGACCCAACCAGAAACCCGUACUCGUCAUUGGCUCAAUCUUCGAAAUCGUCUAAGAACCGAUGCAAAUGCCGGAAGUGGUCUUAAUCUGAUGUUAGCGCUUCGUGUAAAAUUUUGGGUUCCAGUACAUCAAAUACUUCAGGAAAAUGUUCGUGAUCUCUUUUAUAUGCAAGCCAAAGUUGAUCUCAUUGAGGGACGUUUAAAUGCCAAAGAUUGGAAUAACGCUGCAUACUUAAGUGCUUUACUAUGUCAAGCUGAUGGUAUUCGAUUUAAUAAAGCAUCACUAUCGGCAAAAUGUCCAGUUCAAAUCAAAUUGGAAUUGAAGGAGAAAAAGGAGAAGGAACAACAAAACCUUGCCGCAAAAAAACGUCGAUUAUCAAAGCAAAAAUCAAUGGACAGUAUAGAUUUAUCUAACAGUGAAGCAGGAAAUACUGGUGCAUCCUCAGAUUCAGAAGAAGAGACAUCUCCUUUGAAUGUCUAUAAAAGUUAUAUUAUUAAACCAUCAGGAUGCGAUGUCGACGAUAUACCAUCUGAGUACCUUAAGCAGAUUGCCAAGGAACAUGAGCAGCUCGCGAACACGAGUAUGAGUCAAAAAUCCGCCAAGUAUUGUCUUUUACAACAAAUUCAAAACUUGCCUGGUUUUGGAGAGGAGUUGUUCAGCGGUGUAACAUGUAUAGAGCCUUCGGUACGAUGUGAUAUUUUGGUUGGACCACAGGGGUUGGUUGUGUGUACAGGCGAUGACCGAAUGAACAUACCAUUCAGUGCUAUCGCAACAGCAAAAUCAUAUCGACGAAUCUUCAAGCUAGAAUACGUUGAUGAUCACAAUACGCGUAAGGAGCUUGAAGUGAAAUUACCAAAACACAUAAUCGCUGCUGAUCUUUACCGAUCGAUAACCGAAAGGCAUGCAUUUUAUGUCUGUGAUAAAGUUCGUGGAGUCGUAACGAGUCAAUUUACACGCGACUUCAAAGGAACCAUAGCAUCAAUGUUCCGUGAACAUACGGAGCUGGGAAAACGUUAUGUUUUUGAUAUUCAACGAACGUGUCGGGAAGUUCACGAUCAUGCCCGUCGAAUUUUACACGAACGUGGCUUGGAUGUUGCUCUAGUAACCAAUGAUGCGAUAGAUGCAAAACGAGAUACCAACGAACAUGAAAUAUCGAUAGAACGUUGCGUGAACAGUCGAUUAAUGGACGCGAUGCGUUGCAAUAUCUGUAUGGAUCGUGAAAUGAAUACAAUGUUCAAUCCAUGUCGGCAUGUAGGAGCCUGUAACACAUGUGCUGCUAAAUGUGAACAAUGUCCAUACUGUCGUCAAAAAGUCACGAACGUGGUACGAGUUUACUUACCACCCGAACUAAGAGCAAAUACACCUUUAGAGACGGCACCUGCAAGUAGUGAUCGCCCAACACCUAAUACAAUGCCAACCGCGAUAGCAGAUUAAAGUCAGUUUGUUGAACGGUCCGAUCUCACAACCAAUCACAACCGUUUUUUUAAAAACUUUCAUUAAUUUAUGUACAAACCUUUCAGUUUAGGAUCCGAUUAAAAAACAAAAAAAUAAAUUCAGGUUAUUGCCACAGCCCCUCUGAGUUAACCUUUCAAGCAUAGCCUUUUCAAAAGUAUUCUUUUUAAUUAGAAAACUGAUUUUAUAAUUUGGUUCUCACAAAAGUUAGUGCAGAUUUUAGAUGAAAAUGAAAAGGAUUUCACAAGUUGUUCAACAAAUCAGGAAUCAGAUACAGAUAUGGGUUGGCAUUUUCACUUUAAAAAUCUGCAUUUCCUUUAGGCUCUAGUUUAAUUUUAAAAUGAUAUUUUUUAAGUAUAUUCCGUGUGAUAAUUUAAAUUGUGAUUACAUUUUAUUAUUUUUUAUUUAAUUGUUUAGUUUUAGUUACAAAAAGAAACAAACAAAUUACAACGAUUUAGUAGGUCCUUGGAUUCCUUCGUUAAAUAUUUGCAAGGCAUCCAUUUUGCUUGAAACCUACCUGUUUUUUUUUAAACUCUGCGUUACAUUUAUUACCUACCACAGAACAAACGUUAUUAUCCACCUAUAGAAAUUAAAGACGAGAACAUCUAUUAAGCGAACUUCAGGAAUAUGCUCUCGAAUUAUUUAAAUCUCUUCAGAAAGCCCCAAUGUACUACUUCAAUGAAAACUCACUGCAUUUCCCACACAUUUACUGAGCUUAAAAAACCACUCUGAGUAAAUUUGUUUGCAAAAAAUAUCUAUUAGCGAUUAAGAGAAGUAUUUUUUGUAAUAUCUAGCGAUAACCAAUAACAGAGUAAUAAUAUAUCCCGUUAUCCUGCAAGAAAAAAAUUAAUAAACGAAUUUUGAAAAUUAAUCUUUCGAAAAAAAAACCAUAAAUGAAUCAUCACAAAAGAAUAAUAAAAAUGGAUAUAAUCUAAUCAUGAAUCAAUGCAAUUAGACGAUAAAUAAAUUAUUGAUUAAGUGGCUUAAAUGUGUGCUAGUAGUAUGUAUACAACAGAAAAAAAUGAUUUAUAUAUCUAGGAGAGCAUCAGUAAUUUCCAAUUGAUGAAUGUUUAUUUUCUAUACCCCCAAAGUAUAUGAGAGAAGGAGAAAGAUAAGAAUAAAAUUUAUUCAUGAUUAUAUUGUUUUAAAUAUAAGACAAAUGAUAUAUAAUUCUUUUUAAUUCGUUAUUCCUUUCCACAUGAAAACUUACCAGUAUAAAUGCUAAGGAACAUAGAAUUUAACAUGUGUUAUGAACAAUCUUAAAAAUACUAUUGUGUUCAAGAAUAUUGGCAAAUGUGAAACGCCAUUUAUACGUGAAAAAAAAAUAAAAAACAGUCAAAAUGUAUUGUUGUCAUCUCUGCAAUACUGUCGAAUGAAACUGAAAUACAUGUCUUAACAGAA